AUGUCUCCAGAUAUUUCCUACACUAUCAGUGGAUCAAACCAGUUAAAGAUAAAACUAGAAGAAAAUGACUGUUCUGUAAAUGAUAAUUUAGAAUUUGGAAUUAGAAUUAAUUCUUACCCAGGUAAUAUCAAUAUAACUUGUUACAAUACAACUAUUUCUACACCACAACUCUGUACACAGACUACUAGUAAAGUUACAACCACUAGUACAAGUACAGUAACAACUACAAAUCCAGUAACAACUACAAGUCCAGUAACAACUACAAGUCCCACAAUAACUACAAGUUUAGUAACAACUACAACUCCAGUAAUAACUACAAGUCCAGUAACAACUACAACUCCAGUAACAACUACAAGUCCAGUAACAACUACAACUCCAGUAAUAACUACAACUCCAGUAAUAACUACAACUCCAGUAAUAACUACAAGUCCAGUAACAACUACAACUCCAGUAACAACUACAACUCCAGUAAUAACUACAACUCCAGUAAUAACUACAACUCCAGUAAUAACUACAAGUCCAGUAACAACUACAAGUCUAGUACCAACUACAAGUCUAGUAACAACUACAAGUCCAGUAACAACUACAAUGGAAGCUCUGUGUGUGAAUGGCACCUCUACCACUGAAGUUGCAUCUAACACUACAGAAACUCCUGUAAAAUUAGCUGAUAUUGAGCUUCCAGAAGAUAUUAAAACUAUUUUGCUAUGCUACGAACAGUACCGGCAACUAUGA